AUGUUAAAGCUGGCACGAAUGCUAUGUGAUGGAAAUCCCAUAACAGUCCACUGUUCUGCUGGAAUUGGAAGAACAGCUACUUUCGUAGGUAUCGAUUAUGCUAGUCAGAAAAUUAGGAAAGACGGAAACAUAUCAAUGACGGAUGUUCUCAAAGAACUAAGACAUCAACGAUUACAUGCGAUACAGUCACCAAUACAGUACACUUUUCUUCAUAUAUGUAUCCUUGAAAUGUUUCUAGAA